AUGGCUAAUUGCAUCUCUUCUCCCACUCCUGUUGACACCAAACUGAAACUUAGUGCUUCGAAGGAUUCACCUUAUAAGGAUCCCACCAAGUACCACAAUUUGGUCGGUGCUUUACAGUAUCUUACUUUUACUCGACCUGACAUAUCUUAUGCAGUUCAACAGAUUUGUCUUCAUAUGCAUGAUCCCAGGAACGAGCAUAUGAGUGCUCUUAAGCAUGCAGAUUGGGGAGGAUGCCCGGAUACUAGACGUCCUACUUCCGACUAUUGUGUCUUUAUAGGUGACAAUUUAAUAUAUUGUUCAUCCAAAAGACAACCAACUUUGUCACGCUCCAGUGCUGAGGCAGAGUACCGAGGAGUAGCUAAUGUAGUUUCUGAUUCUUGUUUGGAUCCGAAAUUUAUUACUUGA